CACCGAUACAAGAGUGCGCGAGGCAGCACAUCUGUGCUUUGUAUACGAAAGCAAGUUAGAUCUUUAAAUUGGCCCUGUGACGGCCUCCGACCAUGCCUACCGUUGCAGCGAGACCCCGGACCGAAGGUGUUCGGAAACGACGCACUCACGCGAAGUCGAAGAAAGGAUGUGGUAACUGUAAGUUGCGGAGGGUCAAAUGCGAUGAGACUCAACCAUCCUGCAGAAAGUGCAUGCUCUAUAGCGUUGCUUGCGACUAUUCUGAACGAACAAGCUUCUUGGAUCUUGAUGCGCAAGGGUCUUUUCAGGUGCAAUUAGAGCCGACCGCUUUUUACAAGCCACCGAGUUCCAAUAUCGAAUUGUCCGAACAGAGUCGAGAUGACAGAAACGAACCAUGGACUUCACCGCUUCUCACCAUGACCGUCAGUCCAACCCUGACCACUAUCAUUGACGAAGCGCUCCAAUGCAACACGCCGGAUCUCGGCUGGACGAACAAAUCCUGGCAUUUUAGUCACAACCAACUACAAGUCCUGUUGAGGUUCCGAAAUAGAACCGCAUUGACCAUAGGAAACAUUCAGAUGGCUCGCGUGUAUCGCGAUCUUGUAUGCCACCUCGCGUGCAAGCACUCCUUUCUGAUGCAUAUGCUACUCAGCGUGACUAUGAUGCAUGAUGCGCAUCUUGCGGACCCGACAGCAGGCAACACUAAAACAGCUAGUAGUCAGACCGCACUCGAACAUUGGAACACGGCUUCAAAACUUUUCAAUAGCAUCCUUUCGCAGCCGAUCCCACCGUCAUAUCGCGACGCUAUCUGGGCCACUGGAGUGUUCUUAGGCGCAGCGUCCUUUUGGUCAAUUGGCUCUACCAACCCAUACGAUGUAUGGCCUCUGAAACCGGUAGAAUCCGACGACCUUUCAUGGCUAAGGAUUGGCGAGGGCAAGAAACACCUCUGGCGACUUGCUCAACCUUCGAGGUCAGAUAGCAUUUUCUCUAGCAUCGUCAAAGACAAUAGCUGUGUUUCCGUACCAGAGUGGGCAGCUGUCGACACCAGUCUCAAUAUGGAGCCGCAUAUCAGUUCUCGCGUCUGGGAGAUAUUCGGAAUGACAAGUCUCCUGAGCGAACCCAAAAGCGUCUACUAUCAUCCAAUCCUCGCCUUGUCAAAAUGUCCAGCUAUCAAGCUGACGCAGGAAAACGCAAUGAAGUUCCUCUACGUCAUGGCAGUCAUUACACCGGAAUUCCUCGAGCUGUUGGAGAUGAAAGAUAUGAAAGCCGUCUUCAUCAUGGGAUGGUGGUACAGUCUACUGACAACCGGUAACUUGUGGUGGAUGAGCCGAAGAGCAAAAAUAGAAGGUCAGGCAAUUCGUAUCUGGCUGAGAAGACAGAAAGAUGGCGCAGAACUUGCAGGUCUGUUGGACGAGAUCGAAAGUCUUUCUAGGAAAGAAGAAGAGACCACGAAGUGGUUCUUUGAGCCCUGAACAUGCACGGUCGUUUUGACCACUGCCCUUCACAGCUUUCGCCAAAUAAAUCCAUGAUAAGCAUGCACAGGUGCAAUAAGUCGGCUACAUGUGCACCUGCAUACACGCGUCUAUGCAGUUGAGUGGAAAUGGGGUACUCAUGUCGAUGAGGCUGAGCGUCUGUAGCUGAGAGCCGAAAUACCUGGCUCCCAGACACUGCCACUUGAACGACAGUACGGUACCCUGAAAGACCAAUGGUCAAGAUUCA